CUUCGAAUUCAACGCCGCCAGCACCCCGACGUCGCGUGUUUUUGCUCGGCUGCAUCCAGGAAAUACAUUCAUAAGCUUCAAACACCUGCUGAACUGCUGCCACUGCGGUCGCUGAAGCUCGCCAAGAUGCCCAAAGUCAAGCACUACUCGGCCGCUUGGCUCUCCAACAAUGCCCCCGGCCACCAGCUCUUCGAAGCUUCCCAAGAUACCCUUCGCUCUCGAGCCAUGUCUCCGGCAUACUCUGCAAAGAAGAAGCAGCCCAUAGGCCCCAAGAGAACGAUUGCGCGGCGAGGCACUGAGGUCUUUGUCGCGGUUGGCAAGGAGAUUCGCUGGGCCGACUUGGCCUAUCUCAAGGAUGAAUGGAGUGCCAACCAGUCCCGGGGCCGACGUGGCUCAAGUACGAGAAUCAAGAGAGAAGAUUCUGUUGCUCUCGAAGAGACUGUAGAAUUAAGCGGUGCCCAAGGAUUCAGAACUAUCAAGACUCCCGUUGCCGACGACAUUCGACAACUUGUCAUUUCUCCCAGCGCCAAUCUUCUUGCGAUCCUAACAACCCACACGAUUCAUGUCUUUGCUAUUCCCGAUUCCGCACACCUGACAAGUGAGGACACGACGCCCCUCCGUCCCAAGAUGUUUACUCUCGGUCCUACGACACAUGUCACGUCUCGGUCGCCCAUUGUCUCUGCAUUGUGGCAUCCUCUGGGUGUCAAUGGCUCUUGUAUCGUUACAGUUACGGCUGAUGCUAUUGUCAGACUGUGGGAAUUGUCGACACAGGAUCGCUGGUCGUUUGACUCGCCUACCACGUCGAUCGAUUUGAAGAAGCUAGCUGACGGCAUGACCUUGGACCAAGACUUUUCUGCCUCUACAAAUGCCACCAAUAAGGCAUUCUCUCCGGACUCGUUUGAAAUGGAGGUUGCUUCUGCUUGCUUUGCGGGAAGAAACAGCGGCGGCUGGAACCCCAUGACUCUCUGGGUGGCCAUGCGCGAGGGUGACGUUUAUGCCCUGUGCCCAUUGUUGCCGCUCAAGUGGUCACCGCCUCCCACGCUUAUUCCUUCGCUGUCAGUUUCUAUUGUCACGACUGUUGGUAGUACUGAAGACGACCCCUCCAUCGACGAAGCCGAAAAGCUGUUAUCUCAACAGCAGCUACAGUGGAUGGGAGAGCUGGAUGCGCAGGAGCCCCAGAUUGUGGACAACAGCGUCAUGGGCGAACCUCCAUUGGAGGUCUACGCCCGACCAGCGAGACCCGGUGUCAUCCCUCGACUACAAGGACCUUUUGAACUGGUUUCUGAUGCUGAGACUGGUGACGACCUCGACACAACCAUUACCGAUAUUCUGGCGAUUGGAAAGAAGACAGAGACUGACGCUUUGAUGCUUGGUGAAGACGACGUAUUGGAGAUUGAUAACGACGACGAACAAGGCCUUUCAUUAGCCGUCAUUUGCCUGCUGUCUGCUAGUGGUCAGACGAGGGUCUACUUGGAUCUGGAAGGUGUGCAGGCGCAGUGGUUGCCACCAAAGAACAAGUCCAAAUCCUCCAAGCUGCUUGCUGAGCCUGCUAUCCCAUCAUUGCUCGCAUUCCAGGCCAUCGAUACCAUGAGCCCCGUCGAGGUCAACGAGGACAGCUGGCCCGUGUUCAGUACCGACGUCAUGUCUCGCUACAACUUCUUUGUUACCCACCACGCCGGUGUCACCUUUAUUUCGCUAACGUCCUGGGUUUUCCGCAUGGAGGGUGAACUCCAAGGCGAGUUUGAGGCCGGCACCGAUUUUAGACUCGGCUUGUUGGUCAAUUCACAAUCUACUAGAGAGAGAGUCUAUGCCCAACCCACGGCUGAUGUCGCCAUGCCACUAGCUGCCUGCGUUGCAUUCCGAGACCCUGAUCUCGGCUACUUCCUUCUGUCUUCUACCGCAUACGACCCUGUUGCCAUUACCUUUGAGUCCCCCGAGGCCGACAUUGUCCCCAUUCGUGUCGAAAGCCCCGUCCCCAAGCGCGAAGUCAGCAUGGCGCCUCUCGACUUUUACGAACCACGACCUGUCUACCGGCCUGCUCACGCCUUUGACGAAGGAUCUGCCCUGCCGGCACUCUUGGAGCGCCUCAAGACAUCGCGCCACAAGACUGUUGUCAACCAGGAGAUCAAGCUCAGCCCCCUCACUCUGCAAAUCUUUACCGACGCACACAAGGUUCUUAGUGAGGAGACUUACCGCAUGGGUGUAGCUGCAGCUGAGCUGUUCCGUCGCUGUGAUCUUCUCCAGUCCGAGCUUCGACAGCAGGUCCAAAAGGCCAACGAAGUCCGAGGCAAGAUUGAAACCAUCAAUGGAGCAGACCGCGAUGGUGAGUCGGAUAACGCUGCCUACGAGCGCCGCAUUGUGGAAGCCAGAGAGCGUCAGGCACGCAUUGUCAAGCGCGUGGAAGAUCUACGAAAGAUUGUGGGCAAGGCUACCACCCGAGAUCUCAGCAGCAAGGAGAAGGCGUUUGUGGAGGAAGUGCGCGCCAUCGAUGCCAGUGUUACUCGGCCAGAGGAUUCUGCUACUCCUUCCAAGGCCGUUGCACCCAAGCAGGAGCUCUGGAAACGACUAGAGGAGGUCAGCAGGCUACAGGUCGAGCUGACUGGGGAGGUUGAUGCGCUCAAGAAGGGCGGCGAGCUGGAUGCACCGCCAACACCGACAGCAUCUGACUUGCGCAUCCCUCAGGACGUGCGACGAUCCAAGCUGCAGCAGGUCCAAGGAUUACUGUCGAGAGAAACGGCAUUGGUGGAGGCUGUUACGGCUAGAUUGGAGAAGCUGCAAACUUCCGUAUGAGAUAUUCUAGACUGUAUGUAAGAUGAAAAUUAGGUAGAGGCAAACGCACGC